AUGUUUGAUUUCCUUUCACUUUAUAUCCAUCGUGUUGAUUGUUUUGUAUAUUUAACUAAAUUAAUCCAUAAAAAAAGAAAUACACCCUUAAUAAGUGAUCCAAGUGUUAGUAGAAGUAGAUUGGAUUUGUUAUUGUCAAAGACACUCGAUCUCCCGAACUCAUUUGUAUUUUUUUUUAAAGUCUAG